AUGUCAUCGCUAGGGGCAAGAUUGGCAACCCCCGUCGCCGCCACGAACAUCGGCUUUCAGAACAGCCGCGUGUACUAUGUCACGCCGGACAACCAGCUCGGCGAGGCCGCGUACGACUCCGGAACCGGCUGGUACAACGGAAACCUCACCUCCCGCAAGUUCGAUGUGGCCCCCUACUUUCGGUCGCAGCCAUCUUCCUCGGCGGCCAGCUCAGCCUCCGUGUCUAUGGCUAACUCCGUGACAACACGAUCCAGGAGUGGGUCUAUGGCGGCUGGCAGUGGCUGGACCAUGGGCAGCAACCUUGGGCCCGCGCUCCCCCGCAUGCGAAUCACGGCCACGACCUGGCGCAAAGACCCGUACCCUCUCCGGUACGCCUUCCAAGACGGCCAGGGCUGGCAGACGGGUUCCCUCCGCUUCCCAACGCGGAUCCCGCGGGUUGCGCUCGGCGUCACGUCGUGGGGCGAUAAUGGCAGCAACCGCGGCAUCCGUCACUACUGCGGUGCGCCGGGCAAGUCAUCAAGAAAAAGGCCUGGGACGGCAGCGGCUGGUACAGCGGCGCCUUCGAGCAGUGCCUGCAUCCCCGCGUCCAACGUCGCCGCCUUACCGCUCGACGUGCUGCGUGUCUUCCUCCAGAACGGCACCAAUCACAUAUUUGUUACGGAGUAUGUGUGGGCGGAUGACUGGACCCGCGGGCAUCCCGCUCUGCCGCCGGGUUGGAUGAUGGUUUUCUGUUGGGGCACGGGCAAGGAGGGCCUAUAG